AUGGCGUUAUGCGAAAACUCAGGUAUACGAGACCGUCGUACCUUGGCCGACGUUCAAAGCGGGCCGUCGACUGUUAACUACGCCUCCGACAAGCUUCCUGGAACGAUGACACUCUCGGGCCAUAACAAUAUGAAUGAAAUGCCGGUGUCGCCUGCAUACGGCACCACUUUUCUCGUCCUGAUUCAGGUGGUAUCGCGUGUCCUGACUUUUGCUUCUAACCAAAUAGUACUGCGUCACCUGUCUCCAGAAAUCUUAGGAGUUGCAACCCAGCUAGAGUUGUACUCUGUCUCAGUCUUAUAUUUUUCCAGAGAGUGCCUGCGGACGGUAAUCCAGCGAGAGCCUCCGAUUCAUUCCACAACGGUCGCAACUAGCAGUAAAACUUCUAACGACAGUGCCGGAAAUCUGUCGUCUCCUGACACAGUAUUCGACUCGAUUGCCUCUCAAACCGUUGUCAAUAUGUCGUAUAUAUCCCUGGCUUUGGGGUUUCCAUUAGUCGUGCUCUUUGCUUUAUGCUACCUCUACUUGACUACCGAAGAGACCUCUCGAACGCCCUUCUUUCAAAUCAGUCUGGGAAUGAUUGGAUUUUCUUGUCUCUUCGAACUCGCCACAGAGCCUUUUUUUGCAGUGGUGCAGCAACACAUGCUUUACAGAACACGAGCAGCUGUUGAAACAAGUGCUGCAGUCGCCAAGAGCUUCACAGUGUGCGCCAUAUCAACCUGGGCAGCUUGGGCGGGGUGGAACAUUGGUGUUCUCCCAUUUGCACUAGGUUAUCUGGCAUAUUCUUUUGCUUUGAUCUGUGGGUACAUCUGGAAGAUGGUUAGGAACUCUCCUGAGAAGAACUUUUCAUUCCUGCUCACUCCUAUACAUUCAAGAAAUGGUUCAGAAUACUUAGCAAACAGGUUUUCACGCCGGCUGAUUUGGCUUGGUGCCAAUGGAUAUCUACAAUUGAUCGUGAAACAUUUACUCACACAAGGUGAUUCCAUGAUCCUUGCUGCACUGUCAAGUCUAGAGGACCAAGGGAUCUACUCACUGGUGUCAAACUAUGGUGGCCUUGUCGCACGCAUACUUUUUCAGCCUAUCGAGGAGAGCAGUCGGAAUCUGUUUGCAAGACUCCUCAAUUCUGGAGGGACAAAGAAUCAUGAUAUAGGCGGUGUCAAUGCUGCUAAAUCCCAUUUAAUUGAUGUAUUACGGGCAUACGGGAUCCUCGCUGCCUUAACGUUCGCCAUAGGACCGAGUGUUGUGCCGUUGGUUCUACAUGUUUUGAUUGGGCCUCGAUGGAUGUCUCCCAAGGUUGAGAGCUUGCUUUCAGCAUACUGCUACUACAUUCCCUUCUUGGCAUUCAACGGCAUCACAGAGGCCUUUGUAUCCUCUGCAGUAAGCGCCUCUGACAUGCGCAAACAAGCGGCUUGGAUGGGGGCCUUUUCGGCGUGUUUUGCUGCAGUUUCAUUUUUGCUUCUCCAGCUUGGAGGACGGGGGGCUCUCGGCCUAGUAUGGGCAAACAUCAUCAACAUGUCCAUAAGAACAGUUUGGAGCUAUCUCUUCAUCAAAAAGUACCUCCGCCAGCACAAGAAUGAUUUGGCCAUAUCUGAGAUCAGCCUUGAACGCGAAACCUACGGAAUAUGUGCGCUUAUGUUAUCUAUAAUGUCAGCAAUCCGUCAAUCUUCGGAAAAGAACUUUCAUGACACCAUGAGAAUACUCAGUGUCGGAAGUGCAUGUGCACUCCUGAUGUAA